UCCAAGAAGUAGCGUUUAGUUUAUCGUGAUGGUUGUCGCUCAUUUGGUAUCAACAAAGCUAGACGAAUGCGUGGUGCUGUCCGGAAUAUCCGGUCGGUUUCCGAAGGCAGAAAAUAUGCGAGAGUUUGCGAAUAAUCUGUAUCGAAAGAGAAACAUGAUGGAUGACAAGGAGUCACGCUGGAGGCACGCGGUUUCGGAUAUGCCUCGUCGAAUGGGUAAGAUCAGUAAGUUGGAUAAGUUCGAUCGAGAUUUUUUCGGAUAUGACCAUAUGCAAAGCAACAUUGUGGACUGCCAGCAGCGGAUGACGCUGGAACAUGUGUACGAGGCCAUUCUCGAUGCGGGUGUAAAUCCGGAAACACUUAGAGGUUCGCGUACCGGUGUAUUCACUGGUGUCUGUUAUACCGAAACGGAAUCAACGAUCAUAAUACAUAUGCGGCCUCCGAAGGGAUACGGAUUGCUGGGGUGUGCAAGGUCUCAGCUAGCGAAUCGUAUUUCCUACGUGUUCGAUUUUCAUGGCCCAUCACUGACCGUCGAUACAGCUUGCAGCAGUUCGAUGUACGCCUUGGACAUCGCUCGCAAAAGUAUUCUCAGUGGCCAGUGUGAUGCAGCAAUCGUUACGGGAACUAAUGCUUGUCUUCGUCCGUAUAUAACGUACCAGUUCACUCAGCUUGGAGUUCUCGAUAGGAGUGGAAUUUGUCGACCUUUUGACAAGGAUGCUGGUGGAUAUACACGAGCAGAGGCGGUCUGUGCAGUAUUCCUGCAAAAAUCGUCCGAUGCAAAGCGAAUCUACGCUCACGUGCUACACACUAAGACCAACUGUGACGGCUUCAAACCAGAAGGCAUCACGUAUCCGUCCGGUGCCAUGCAGAGUCAACUUAUGAAAGAAUUAUACCAAGAGUCGUCGAUCGACCCUGUUAACAUUUCCUACGUCGAGGCACACAGUACCGGAACUGUAGUCGGAGAUCCGGAAGAGUGUUCUGCCAUGGAUGAAGUGUUCUGCACGAAGCGUGAUCGUCCGCUAAUGAUCGGAUCAGUCAAGUCCAAUAUGGGGCACUCCGAGGCAUCGGCGGGCAUUGCCUCUAUCGCUAAGUGUGUAAUCGCCCUGGAGAAUAAGCUGAUACCACCAAAUAUCAAUCUAACGUCAGUAAGACCAGAUAUCCCUGCAUUAGCCGAGGGACGCUUGCAAGUGGUUGUAGAUCCUCAACCACUUGAGGGCCCACUGAUAGCCAUCAACUCGUUUGGUUUCGGUGGAGCCAAUGCACACACUUUGAUACGAGGAAAUACGAAGAAUAAAAAUGAUGUUCCGAACGACGAUCUACCGAGAUUGGUGAUCUGGUCUGGUAGAACAAAGGAAGCGGUUGAUGUGAUGUUUGACGAUAUUUCACACCGAGCCCUCGAUGAAGAAUCCAUCUCACUCUUGUACAACAUUCAAACACAUCACAUUCCCGGACACCGAUACCGUGGUUUUGGAAUCUUCAGUAAACAAGGAAAAGAAUCUGCAAAGCUGGAGCUCUUCGAGUGGACACGAAUAAAACAGGACUCGUUGCCAGUAGUUAUAGUAUUUCCCGGAAUCAACACAUACUGGCGGCAGGACCUAGAAUCAUUGAAGCCGUUCCCACAAGUCCAGACUACAUUAGAGAAGUGUAAAUCAGUGUUGGAUAAGCUAGGAUAUGACCUGUUUCGCCGAAGUCAUGGAAAAACGAAUUUACUACAGUUGAUGGUGGGUACAAUCGUUUUGCAACUUGUCUACGUAGACCUGCUGGUUGCGAUCGGGGUGAAAUAUUCUGCUUACGGAGGAUACUCUGUCGGGCAAUUGACCUGUGCCUACUUGGACUGUUGUCUAUCGUUGGAACAAGUCAUUGAGUUGGUGUACAGUCACGGAAUGAUCUUCGAACAGUACAAAACAAAGAUAAACUUCAAUGCCGUCUUGGAUCUGGGUGUUCGAAAACCGAUUCCACCACUUUCGUUCGAUGCGUUCAUUCAAAAUAAAAUUCUUUCUCGUUUUGGAGUUGUGAGUGGUCCAAUGAAUCCGCUGUGUACCGUCGUAGACCAGCUAAAGUCACAAGGUCUUGUUGCCGAACAUUUGCCAUUCGUAAGUUUAUUGUACAGCAAAGAUUUAGCGGAUGAAAUAUCGGCCAAGUUGAAGAUAGAUUACUGGAAAAUAGUCCCCAAACCGAUGAAUGCCUCAUCCAAGUGGUUCAGUGCCAAGGGAACUGUCAGUUUUGGAUCAACGAAGAUGCAUGAUUCUGCCGCCAUAGCAGAUCUUGUUGAGAAAAUUCCCGAUCGUUGUUUGCUACUGGAGGCGCUCUCAAAACAAUCAAUUCAACCGGUUUUACGAAUUUCGAACCGAAAAACUGUGUCUGUUUCGAUCAUUAAGCAUUCGGACAAUUUUAUGAUGAGGUUUCUGUCGGCGUUAGGACAAUUGUAUUUAUCGAAACAGAACCUCAAACUACUGAAUUUGUAUCCCGCGGUUGGAUUUCCCGUGUCUCGUGCCACACCCAUGAUAUCACCGUUGAUUCGUUGGGAUCACCGGGAUUCGUGGUAUGUAAUCGAACACGACUGGGAUGCGUACCGGGAAUCCAACGUAGUGAACUUGAAGGUUUCAUUGUCAGAUGCCGAAUUUGCAUAUAUUGCCGGUCACAAUAUCGAUGGAAGAGUACUCUGUCCGGCAACCGGAUAUUUAAGCUUUGUCUGGCAGAUGAUGGCCGAGAUUCAUUAUCAGAGUAUUAACGACUGUCCGAUCCAGUUCGACAACAUACAGUUUCUCCGUGCUACCCCAAUGGUCAAGAUGCAAUCCACACAGUUGACGCUAAUGUUGCAGCAAGCAACGGGACGAUUUGAGAUUUUGGAAGGAGACACGGCUGUGGUAGUCGGUUACGUACGAGUGCUAGAUGAUCGCAACGAAAACUUUGCAGUACAUGAAGUACCUUCUUCGGCACCCAUUCUGACGUCUCGCGAUUUCUACAAAGAGCUACGUCUGCGUGGUUACUAUUAUAGGGACGCGUUCAGAUCAGUACUGGAAGCUCGCAGUGAUGGGUCAGCGGCCAAGAUCCAAUGGACCGGGAGCUGGGUGACAUUUCUGGACUGUAUGCUCCAAGUCGGCAUCAUAGCAGUCGAUACACGCUCUCUGAUGAUACCAACGGCGAUCGAAAGUUUGACGAUCAAUCCCAGUCGGCAUCUUUCGUUGAUGUCCCGAGAUUCCGAGGGGCAGGAUUAUUUUGUAUCCACAAACUGUCGAUUGACUGAAGUGAGUACUUGUGGGGGCGUUCGAGUGUCGGGUAUUCGAACUAAUAUUGUUAGUAGACGUAAUCCACCAGGAGUACCUGUACUGGAAGCUUAUCGCUUUGUGCCUUAUGCUCCGAAGGUGAGAAUUUCUGCAUUGGAAGCAGUAAGAAUAUGCGUACAGCUAGCUAUUGAGAACGCUCCAUGCCUUUCGAUGCAGAUUACGGAAAUUCAUCAGACGAAUUCUACAACAAUUCUUCCUCUUUUCGCCAAAGCUACAGAAGAUUUACCAUUAAUACAGCCGACGAUGACUCUACUCAGCAAUGAACCAAUGGAAAUUCCCAAUGUUGUAGUAAAAAAUCAAAAGUUGAAUGGUCAAGACAACUUGCAAUGUCUAAUCAGUCACAACAUGUUAGAUAACCCCGAAUCCCUUAAGCUCGCUUUGGAAAGUUUGUCGGAAAAAGGCUACCUCGUAAUUAGAAACAAGUGUCCAGUGAUUCAAUGUCCUCCGAAGUUAGAUCAAAUUGCCUGUUUCGAAAUAGAUGAUGAAGAGACUAUCGUGAUAUUGCAACAGACACCGAAAGUGGUGAAGGAAUCUCCAAGAGUGGUUUGUGUUGAGUUCAACGAUACUUCAUUUGAUUGGCUGCAGCAAUUGAAGGACGCCAUGAAAACCAAACCCGUUAUUGUGUACUCCCAGAAUGACCCCCUGUCCGGAGUCAUCGGUUUAGUAAACUGUAUCAGGAAGGAACCUACUGCGCACAGCGUUCGUUGUGUGUUGAUAGACGACUCGAAUGCUCCACCGUUCGAUUUGAAUCACCCAUUUUAUCAGCAACAGCUGAGCUUGAACUUAGCGAUCAAUGUGUACCGAAACGGGAGCUGGGGAAGCUACCGGCAUUCUCUUCUGGAUCUGAAUCUGAGUUCAAAAAUAGCACCCAUGAUCAAUCACUGUUACGCCAAUUGCGCGAAUCAAGGUGAUCUCUCAUCUAUGACAUGGUUUACGGGUGCCUUGAAUUCAACUCCAGUCAAAGGUGAUCGAGUUCGGGUCAUGUACAGUGCAUUGAACUUCCGGGACGUAAUGCUCGCUACGGGACGAAUUAAUUCCGACUCGUUCGGCAUUGGUCGAUUGGAUCAGGAAUGUAUAUUAGGUUAUGAGUACUCGGGAGUGGUUGAUGACGGUCGACGCGUGAUGGGUAUUAAAACUUGUGGAGCAAUGUCGACACUGGUGGAAAGUGAUCCUUGGUUGACCUGGACUGUACCCGAUCAUUGGAGUUUAGAGGAGGCCGCGACGGUGCCGCUUGUGUACGGAACAGUUUACACGGCUCUGUUCAUUUGCAGUCGAAUAAAGAAAGGUAAUUCGAUUCUUAUUCAUGCUGGUAGUGGAGGAGUCGGGCUUGCAGCUAUUCAGGUGUGUCUGGCCUAUGGUUUGAAGGUGUUUACCACGGUUGGCAAUGAGAGGAAGAAGCGCUUUAUCCUCGAUAAAUUUCCUCAGCUCAAGGAAGAAAAUAUCGGCAAUUCUCGAGAUACAUCGUUUGAACAGAUGAUUAAGCUGAGAACAAAUGGUGAGGGUGUUGAUUUCGUUCUGAAUUCAUUGGCCGAGGAGAAACUUCAAGCUUCCGUUCGAUGUCUAGGGAAUAAAGGACACUUUCUCGAGAUCGGUAGGUACGACAUAGCAAAGGAUUCAAAACUGGCCAUGCAUUUGUUCCAAAAGGGGCUGUCAUUUACGUCAGUUAUGCUACACGGUAUGCAGGAAGAAGCUGCUCAUGAAAAACAGAAAACUUGGGAGUUUUUACAGUCAGAUAUCAGCCGUGGAAUCGUUCAACCUUUACCUACAACCGUUUUCGCAGCAUUGGAAAUAGAAAAAGCGUUUCGUUUCUUGGCAAGUGGAAAACACAUCGGGAAGGUUCUACUGCGCAUACGAAAGAAUGAAACUGACAUCCAGACAUUGCCGAUAUGCAGCACUCCGAGACUGUAUUGUAAUCCUUUGAACUCGUAUGUGAUCGUCGGUGGUCUUGGAGGCUUUGGUUUAGAGUUGGCAGAUUGGCUUGUACUUCGUGGUUGCCGAAAGUUGGUUCUGAGCUCUAGCCGAGGUAUCUCGAAGUCCUACCAAGACUACAGAAUCAGGUUAUGGCGCAGCUAUGGCGUUGAAACUAUCGUAAAUAAAGCUGACGUUACUUCGUUGGAAGGCUGUCGGGAGCUUCUCCAGGUUGCUUCGGAACUGGGUCCUGUGGCAGCGAUAUUUAAUUUAGCGGUACAGUUGCGAGAUGGUUUGAUCGAAAAACAAACGGUCGACAAAUUUGUUGAAUGCUUUGCUCCUAAAGCAAAAGCUACGCAGUUUUUAGAUGAGGUGAGCCGGAAGCUUUGUCCGGAAUUGGAUUAUUUUGUGGUGUUUUCGAGUGUAUCGUGUGGACGAGGAAAUGCAGGUCAGAGCAAUUAUGGAAUGGCAAAUUCCAUCAUGGAACAAAUCGUGGAAAAACGAUGGAUUGAAGGAUUCCCCGGAAAAGCCAUUCAAUGGGGCGCCAUAGGAGAGGUUGGCUUGGUGGCAGAUAUGGCUGAUGAUAAGCUUGAUAUGGAAAUUGGAGGAACAUUGCAACAACGGAUUUCCUCCUGUCUGCGGGAGAUGGAUAGACUUCUGGCGUGUGAGGAUCCAAUUGUGGCCAGCAUGGUGGUAGCGGAAAAACGCACUGCGGGUGGCAGUAAAAAUCUGGUCGAAACGGUAAUGAAUAUUAUGAAUAUCCGGGACCUGAAGUCGGUUUCUGUGGAGAGCACAUUGUCGGAUAUCGGAAUGGAUUCGUUAAUGGUAGUUGAAAUCAAACAGGUGUUGGAACAUGAUUUUGAUUUAGUGCUGUCACCGCAAGAAUUGCGUACGUUAACGUUUUCGAAGCUUCAGAAAAUGGCUGACGAGAAAAGCAUCUCAGCAGGCGAAGACUCUCCACAAAUGAUCGUCGUCGGUUUGGAGUUAUUAUUUAGAAAUUUGGGAGAUGAGACAUACAGUGGUGAAACAGUUCUUAGGCUGCCUUCAAAAUCAACGGAAGGCCGUCCGAUUUUGCUCAUUCCUGGGCUAGAGGGAGUGGCCGGAAACGUGUGGCGCACAAUGGCGGCAGAACUGAACGCUCCAGUGUUUAUCUUGCAAACUUUGAACACUUCCGACAUGACCAGUAUUGCUAUGAUCGUGGAUCACAUAAUGGACGAACUUGACGACAAAGUGUUCAACGGCUUCACCGACUAUCUGAUCGUGGCCUAUUCAUUCGGGACAUCGAUUGCUCUUGAGAUCGCUCAUAGAUUGCAGAAUAGAAAUCGUCCAGGGAAUCUGAUUCUGAUAGAUGGGGCUCCGAUGUUUCUAGUGAGGAUAUCGAAGUUGCUGAUUGGAGAGAAUCACUCGGACGCGAUGAUCCAGAGAGGUAUGAUAUCGGCAAUAAUUUCGCAUGUGUUUCCAAAUCAAUCGAUAGAAGAAAUAUACUCCCUGAUGGAAUCGUUAUCGUAUAGCGAUCAAAUCGAGAUGUUGUUAGAAAUUGGUAAGGACUACAGGGUUUACUCCCCAGAAUAUUUUCGUAAGAUUUCGACUAUGCUGUACAAUCGUGUUAAAAUAGCUCUCACAAUGAAUGAAGAGUGUGAAAAGUUACUGCGAGUUCCAAUAAUGUUGAUACGGGCAUCCGAGGGAUCUGUGCCUGAUAUUGAUGAAGAUUAUGGAGUGGAGAGUCUAUCGAGCGCUUCGUUUACGUUGAAAGUAGUCGAAGGCAGUCACCUGACAAUGUUGGAGAAUAAGGUUCUGAUUGAAAUUUUAAAUAAUGUAAUUAGCAGUUAUUAAAUAAAAUGGUGGCAAGCCAAAAUAUUUUGUAAAGUUUUGUAGGAGUUCAUUUUAGAUUUUUUUUCAGUCAUUGAUUUCUGAUUGAAAUUUUAAAUUGUGUAAUUAUUAUAUUGUUGUUGAAUAAA